AUGUACAGCUGGUGGGUUGUACUGCUAGCAGCUCUUUUUGCUGCUUUAGCACCAUCUUCGUCUUCUUCAUUUCCUGCCCCUGGCUUACACGCCCCCUCUCUUCCGCCUGGUGGGGCCUCUCAAAAUACUGAGGAGAGCAGCAGCCACAACAGGGGUCUACCUUUCCCGAAGACGAGGAGGAGGCUGAAGAAGGGGUUGAAGAGUGCUGCCGACAAAGCAAAGAGGAAAGCACAGAAAUUUGCUGGGUUUAGGGGCAGCCUAAGCCCAGGAGGUGUAGAUCUAGAAGAAGAGACACCUGAAUCUUUGACAGCUGAAUUAUUGAGUGCGCAGUUUUAUCUUCCUAGUGAGCCUUCUGAGCAGCGCCGGCGAAAAGUAAAUGAAGACAGCAGCAGCAGCGGCGGCAGCAUGAAGAAGAAGAAGAAGAAGAAGAGUAAGAAGAAACGCAAACUCAUCAGUACGAAGAUCAAGGGAAACCCUACAGACUGGAUUAAGAAGAGAAGGAGGAGCAGCAAGAAAAGACAAAGCUCUUUGCUGCCUCCUGGUGUGUCCCAGGGACCCGAUCCCGACUUCCCUCCUCCUCCUCCGCCCCUACCUUCUGAAGAAGUAGGGGACUCGGAGAUAAACAAUGGAUACGACGGCAGCAACCUCCCGCCUCCACCGCCGCCUCCUCCUCCGCCAGAAGCAGAAGCAGCAGCAGGAGCAGAAGGAGGCUGGGUACCCCCUCCUCCUCCUCCUUUUAUAGGAGGAGGUGGAGAUCAUAAUAAGCAUGCUCACUCUUCUUCUUCUUCUUCUUCUUCUUCUUCUUCUUCAUCGCCUUCUUCAUCGCCUUCUUCUUCUCCUUCUCGAAGAAGACAAGCACCAUCUCCACACCCGCAUGCAAGCCCCAAUCAAGAGCCAGGUAAGAAGGCCUUAACACCCCCUCUUCCUUCUUCUUCGCCUUCUAGAAGAAGCAGCAACAGCAGCAACAGCAGCGGCAGCAGCGCAGCAGGGCCACCACCACCACCACCACCUCCUCCUCCUCCUCCUCCUCCUCCUCUUCCUAGCAGCAGCAGAAGCAGGAGCAGCAGCAGCAGCAGCAGCGGAAGCGAAGGAGGAGCAGCCAGGACUCCUUCUCCUCCUCCUCCUCCUCCUCCUCUUCCUAGCAGCAGCAGAAGCAGGAGCAGCAGCAGCAGCAGCAGCGGAAGCGAAGGAGGAGCAGCCAAGACUCCUUCUCCUCCUCCACCUCCACCUCCUCUGCCUAGCAGCAGCAGAAGCAGGAGCAGCAGCAGCAGCAGCAGCGGAAGCGAAGGAGGAGCACCCAGGACUCCUUCUCCUCCUCCUCCGCCUCCUCCUCUUCCUAGCAGCGGCAGAAGCAGGAGCAGCAGCAGCAGCAGCAGCGGAAGCGAAGGAGGAGCAGCCAAGACUCCUCCUCCUCCUCCACCUCCUCUGCCUAGCGGCAGCGAAGGAGCAGCAGGCUUCCCUCCUCCUCCUCCUCCUCCUCGGCCUCCUAGCAGCAGGAGCAGCAGCAGCAGCAGCAGCAGCGAAGGAGCAGCAGAUUUCCCUCUUCCUCCUCCUCCUCGGCCUCCAAGCAGCAGCAGCAGAGAAAGCGGCGGUCAGACACCGACGUUCCCACCUCCUCCUUCUCCUCCUGGAAGCAUGAGGAGCAGGAGCAGCAGCAGCAGCAGCAACAGCAGCAACAGCAGCAGCAACAGCAGCAGAAGCAGCACAGGAGCAACUGGGAGUUGGUCGCCCCCUCAUCCUCACUCUCCUUCUGCUCCGCAUACACCAGAAGAAGGCGGUUCUUCACCAACGACGCCAACUGAAAAGGAGACAGAAGGAAAGGAGGAGACACAUGAGGAGACACAUGGAGGCGGGGCUGCAGGAGGGCUUUCACCUACUAUGUUGCUAACAGCUAGAGACAGGCUAAGACGUGCGGAUGCUUCAUCUCCCCAUGCCGAUCUCUUAGGGGCGGUCGGGGAUCGCAUGAAGGCCCGCCGCUCAGCCAUUGGAGGAGACACCUCUGACUCAGAAUCAGAAAAUAGCGACUGGGAAUAA